GUGAAUAAGUUGUCGCGGCGCGGGCCUAAACCAGCACACAAAAGUGGAAUACAACAAGUUGAAAAAAAAAACACAAAAACGAAAAAAGCAACAAACACACAAUUGACGGGUAUUCAAGAAAGGAAUAAUGAGCUUGUUGGUAUUACUGAUACGUUGCCACUACCGACGACGGUCCAUUUGCUCUUGUUAAAGAAUUUUGGCUACCAUUAACGUGCAAAGCAAAAAACAAAAAAAAAACAACAACAGGCAAAUAAAAACAGGAAAUCAACCAGAAAUUUUGCAAAAGUAAAAGAAAUUAAAGUUUAAAAUAAAAUACGGCUGGCGCAAAGUGACGAAUAAAAAAGAAUGCAUCAACAAAAGCCAACGAAGCAGAAAUCAACUGGCCACAAAAAACGAUUUCCACUAUUUAUAUGCACAUAUUAACAAAGAAUAUAUAUACAUACAUAGGUAUGUACAAAAAUACAUAUAUUAUUAUAUAUUUUACGCCCGUGUGUGAACCUAACAAAAACUAGAUUUUCAAACAAGUAAACGUAUAACAUAACCACUAUUCCGCCCGUUAAAACCCAGCCAACCGGUCCAAGCCAGCAAACGCAGUCCAUCACAUCAACUCUUAACUCGUUUCAUUCAAUCACCAUUUCAUCCAACUAACCUUCGUCCAAUUGCUAGCCACUAGCUGCCAUUACCGUUUCCCCCACUCAGAACAUUCUCCUUCUGGCGGCAAACCACCAACACAUCUGAUCGCUUGCUGGCCGAUCGUACGAACUUUUCAUAUUCAGCGGCUGGCGGCCUAAACAGCUGUUGGCCGUAUAUCUGUUCCGUCGCAGAGGUGAUUAAAGAGUGCUAAAUGUGCUCGCUGCCCAAGAAUGUAUAGACUGAUCGAAUAGGUGGUAUACUAGCUAAGAGACCAAUAUGCCAACUUACAUAUAUACGAGUGCAUAAAUAGGAUAAAUGUAUGUCUGCAUGUGUGUAAUGAAAAUAAGAACAACAACACAACACAUGGGACCAAAUAUUGUUCUCAAAGUGUUUCAUCAUUGCAAGAAACAAAAAAACAACCAAUUUGAAAAUUCGCAGACUCGAAACAUAGAAAUAACAAGAAAAUAAAACAAAAAAUGCACGAGCUGUUCACAAAAGUACUCUCCAAGCGUGAUCUGUCUCGUGCUGGCGAUUUAUUUUCGGUGCCAGAUUCAGAUAUUGUCAACGAUAUCAGCGAAGUGCUCUCUGACAUCAGUCCGAUUAUCUCACAUUUAGACUAUCUCAAAAACAAUAAUGAUCAAUCGGUGGUGGAGAUUUGCGUUACGCGUGUGCUCUCUUGCAUACGUGAAACGAAAACUGCAGAACGUUACUGCGCCGCAUUGGUAGAUUUGUUGAGAACUUGCUUACUUUGGAAUCUCCAGCCGGCUGGAUCAGGCAAAGAGGAUCCGCCGCAUGCGAAAAUCGCCGCUGAUAUUAUUUCAAGUAUAUUUUUGAACUAUGAUAAGAAGGAAGUGAUGAAAAUCUCACUCCCGGUGGCAGUCCAAUUUCUGCCAAAAGGCAAUCGGGAAUUGUCUCGAAAUUUGGCGAGUUACCUUUCGUUGGCGGCUAUCGAUUAUGCUUACCUGCUUAGUCCGCAUGUGUCAUCAAUUAUGGACUCUAUUAUGGCCGGUAAUUUUGGCUUAUUACGCGUGCUUUCGCAAAUUUACGAAGUCUCCCCGGACGAAGUGUCUCCACAUGCACCACUACUAGUAGCAUUACUGCCACAAUGUGACUCACAAGAAAAAUUAGCAGUGCUUCAACUUUAUUUGCUAAUUGCACAAAAGACACCUGCGGUACUAGAGAGCUGCGUACCACGCCUAUGCGAAUUGUUGUUCGACAAUGAAACUGCCACAAUAACAAUGCAGACUUUACUUAAAAUCUCGGAACAGCGUCCACUACUAAUAGUGGAACAUAGCGAGAAAAUUAAAGCGGCCAGCAAAGCUAACCCAAAUACGAUUUCAUUGGCUGCACAAAUACUCGCUUCGGCCGGACGUACGAAUAAGGUGCAUGCCCAGAACGCACUUGAUUUUGUUUUAGAACACUUGCCACAUGCUGACCGCACAUCACAGACGAAUUUACUGCAAGAAGCUACCAAGCUAUGCUCAUCGUUCCCCGUACUGUUUACCGAUAAGGUGCUCGCUUGCGUUCGCCAGAAGAAUGCACUAAGUCAGCAGAAACUUUCCUCGUCCGACAUUAACAUGGAUGUUAGCAAUAAGACUUCCGGUGGCGUAACAAUCGUAAACCUGAACAGCCCGACUGAUCCACCGCCACCCACACCCACAGCUGCUGCAGCAGUGGUUGCUACAGUACUCAAUACCGUUGCAGGUAAUAGUGGUAAUAAUGCUUCCAAUGCCUCAGCCACAUCAAUACCAAUAACUGGCGAUCCAGCCUCCAGCACUACUACCGUUUCGCUAGCAACGACCACUGCCACGCCUGGGCGCAUGCACAAAAGUAAAAAUAAGAGUCGCAGCAGUCCGAGUAGCCCAAAGGAUAUUAGCCGCAAGGCACUACUCAGCGGCAACUUAAAAAUUUCUACAGCACAAACAACUGCUGGCAACACUAACACAACUGUCAUACACCAGAGUAACAAUGCUGCAGCUAUCGCUGGGGGCGCUCCAGUGCCGCCCACUCCCCCACAUGCCGGCUACACGCGGCGCGUCAAACUCGGCGAUUCGCGCAGCACUGGCCGCCUACAUCCAACCGGAAAUACACAUCGCAGCAUGACACGUCUGAAUGUUGCAGGCGGUUCGGUGGGUGGCCUUCACAAGAGCAUGACGCGACUUAGCUCGUCGCAGCAUAUAAAUCAGAAUGGUGGUUCCAGCUCUAACAAUGCCAACAAUUCGCAAUCGAGCGGUAAUGUAGUAGUGCAAACGAGCACAGGCGCCAGCACAACAACAGUAGGUACGGGAGCCCCACCCAAAACACCAACCAGCCCCAGCAGUCCAGGUUAUGUGACGCCUGUACCGCCUUUGAGCAAUAAUGUCAUUAUUACGGGUCACAACAAAUGGGGUAUUCCUUCGACACAAGUCACAUCGGGUGGCGUCACAGUGACCACAUCGCCCACUAAAGUAAGGCCACAUUCGCAAGGUCCCACUACGUUGCUCAACUCGAGCACUGCGUUGCUAAAAUAUAGCACUGAUGCACUAAAUCAAUCAAUUGGUUCCAUUUCCAUACCACAAAAUCCAGUAUCAGUGCAUCACGCAUCGCCAGCAUUGCCUCAACAGAAUAACGGUAAUCAAAAGUCUGUCAUGAAGCUGCCCGUGAACGGAAAUAGUACACACGAAGUGAUCGUCUCCGGCCCAACAACCAACAUGACGCCACGUCGAAACAACAACAACACCAGCCGUACACUACUCAACGCAAAUAAUAGUUGCAUUUUGGAUCAACGUAUGAGCACAUUUGAGCCUUAUCAGAUCAUGCGUGACCCGGUGCAGCAAUUUUGCGAAAAGCACUUCGGUUCGAUUAAAUCGUACAUGGAUGAGGUGUCACAGUCGCUACCACCGCCAACACGCUGUAGCAUUGAAGUUUCGAAUGAAUUUGCAGAGCGUCGCACCAAAAAGGUAGCUAAACUGCAUUUUGCUUGCCAGAUACGUGGCCCACAUUGUAUGUACUCGAAGACCUGCUUUACGAUGCGCACGCGGAACCCUAAAACCUGGAUACAUUUAAUGUUUUUGGAUUUUCAAGUGCGCCAUUAUGUAAAAGAAAAAUCCGUAUUAAGCACACGGGAACCCGGUAUUAGUAAUUUAAAAAAUAUUUGGCAAAUACUCAAGUGCGAGAAUCGCAGCUUCACUGAAUUGGUUACCUGCCAAUUUCCGAAUGCAAAGGAUCGUGAAAUUCUCGUCAACGAAUUGCGUCACUCUGGCUUCUUAGACGUUUUUGAAGUAUCCAAAACGGACACAACCAAUCCAAAUUGCAAUGAGUUGGAAUACCAGUGGGGCUGUUUGCUGUGUAAUCACCCCGAUAAAGCAGUUGGCUUUCUCAAUGGCAGCAAUCAGCCGAUGAUUGAAGGUCAGCUGAAAGAGAAAAAAGGAAAAUGGCGCCUGUUUCGACGUUGGCGCACAAGAUAUUUUACGCUCUCUGGCGCACAUUUAUCCUGUAAAGGAUCGAGCGGUGGCGAAAGCAUUGACGUGAAUCAAAUACGAUCCGUUAAGGUAUCACGUGGUGCACGUAACAUACCUAAAGCAUUCGAGAUUUUCACCGCCGAUCAGACAUUAAUACUCAAACCCAAGGAUGGAAAAAAUGCCGAGGAAUGGGUGCAAUGCCUAAGCAUUGUGGUGGCGCAUUCGCAAGCCCGUGAUAACCCCACUGCGAAAACAAACAGUCUGCCUGCACGCGGCAUAGGCAGCAGCAAGCCAUCGUUCUAGACAAAAAAAAAAACAAAAAAAACAGAAAUGAAUAGAGAUUUUUUUAUUUAAACAUAA